ACCAGCCCCCGUUCCAGCCAGUAACAGUCAGUCAGUGCCAAAAACAAGUUUGCUCGCGAGUCCAAGAUCUUCGCGACGAUCAUUUCAACGCGUGGCGGCUGUAUCUAGAUUCGCCAACAAUAUUUACAUUCCAUUUAGAACGGGUGUAUUAUUUUGGAACUUGUUUAGUUUGAGUUGAUAAAAAUGCUUUUCAAAGUAAAGCACGCAUUAGCAAGACACUUCUCCACCAGCCUCCGGUAUGCUUCGUCCUCAAAGUCGGUCCCCCAACAGCAGAUCAGCAAGCUGCUGAUCGCCAAUCGGGGCGAGAUCGCGUGCCGCGUGAUGCGCACCGCCAACCGGCUGGGCAUCCAAACGGUGGCCGUGUUCUCCGACGCGGACGAACGCUCGCUGCACACCCGGAUGGCCAACGAGGCGUACAACAUCGGACCGCCGGCCUCGCAGCAGUCUUACCUGCGCGGUGAGAAGAUCUUGGAGGUCGCCAAGCGGGCCGGCUGCCAGGCGAUCCACCCGGGGUACGGGUUUCUGUCGGAGAACGUUGAGUUUGCCGAGUUGUGUCAACGGGAGGGAGUGAUCUUCAUUGGACCACCGGCGAGUGCGAUUCGGGACAUGGGCAUCAAGAGCACUUCGAAGCACAUUAUGAGUGAUGCUGGGGUACCAAUUAUUAAUGGGUACCACGGGGAGGAUCAAUCGGAAGAGCGAUUGAUCGCGGAAGCUAAGAUUAUCGGUUUUCCGUUGAUGAUCAAGGCGGUUCGUGGUGGCGGUGGAAAGGGCAUGAGGAUUGCUGAAACUGAAGCGGAUUUCAUGGCGGCACUGCAAUCGGCGCGAACCGAGUCCGAAAAGGCAUUCGGAGAUAGCUCGAUGCUGCUGGAGAGGUACGUUCGAUCACCGCGACACGUUGAGGUUCAGGUCUUUGCCGAUCACUUUGGAAACGCAGUAUAUCUGUACGAGCGGGAUUGCUCCGUCCAGCGCCGUCACCAGAAAAUUAUCGAAGAAGCUCCGGCACCCGGACUGUCGGAUGAACUCCGCAUUCAACUCGGAGAAGCCGCCGUCCGUGCGGCAAAGGCCGUCAACUACGUCGGAGCCGGAACGGUUGAGUUCAUCUUGGACAAAGAGGACCUCUCGUUCCACUUUAUGGAAAUGAACACCCGCCUUCAGGUCGAGCAUCCCAUCACCGAAAUGAUCACCGGAACCGACCUCGUCGAGUGGCAGAUCAAGGUAGCGUCCGGUGAACCCCUGCCCUUCUCCCAAGAACAAAUCCGCAAACGCGGGCACGCCUUCGAGGCUCGCAUCUACGCUGAAGAUCCCGCCGGAGGUUUCCUCCCCGGUGCCGGCCCCCUAGACUAUCUGUCCACCCCGGAACCCUCCGCAACAACCCGCGUCGAGACCGGCGUCCGCCAGGGCGACGAAGUGUCCAUCCACUACGACCCGAUGAUCGCCAAACUGGUCGUGUGGGGCGAAAACCGAUCCAGCGCCCUCCAACUCCUCAUCGAGCAACUCCGCAACUACCAGAUCGCCGGUCUGCAAACUAACAUCAACUUCCUGAUCGACCUGGCCCGCCACGGACACUUCCAGGCCGCCGACGUGCACACCGGAUUCAUCGAUCAGCACAUGGCCACACUCUUCCCGGUGAAAACGAUCCCCGAGGAGAAGAUCGCCCAGAUGGCGGUGGCGUACGUGCUGAACGAAAACGCCUCAACGCGGCGUCAAUCGCUCGCGCGAAACAGUCCGUUCGAUCUGGAGCUCAACUUCCGGCCGAAUUACACGCCGACGCGAAGCUUCCGGCUGAAGGUUGGCGAGAAGGAGCGACAGGUUGAGGUUAAAUCGAGCGGCGAGGAGGGAUUCGAGGUACGUGUUGAUGGAGCUGGCUGGAUGCCGGUGAAGGCGACCCGUAAGCCGCACGAGAAUCGAUUCGUGCUGCAGACGAACAUCAACGGGCACGUGUCGUGCUUCAACACGGUGAUUGAGAACGGGUCGAUUGCGCUGUAUGAUGAUUCCGGUCUCACCAGCGCCGAACUCGUUCAACCCAAGUUCCUGAACGCGGACGGCGCCCUGGAUGGAGCCGCCACCGGCAGCGUAAUGGCGCCCAUGCCUGGCGUGCUGGACAAGGUGUUUGUGAAGCCGGGCGAUUCGGUCAAGGCGGGAACACCGCUGGCAGUGCUGAUCGCCAUGAAGAUGGAGCACGUGCUGAAGGCGGCCACCGAUGGUGUUGUUAAAGCGGUUCCGAACGCCGAGGGGUCGAACGUGAAAAAAGGUGCCGUUUUGGUGGCGUUUGAGACGAACUAAAUCGUUAUGGACUUGGGGGAUUUUGCCAGAACCAGUGUUGCAUUUAAUGACGAGGAAACGUGUUGCAUUUAUAGAAGAGUAAGAUUUAUGUUUUUGUAGAAAUUAGGAAUAAACUAACGCAAAGCGUUGUAAAAUUUGACAAUAAUUGUGAAUAAAGCAGGUUUCGGCGAAAAUAAUCGCAAAUUUGAACUA